UUAAUUGCGUAAGACUAAUUUAUCAAAAUUUCCUAAAUACAAAUUAGAAAUAUGGAUAAAUAAAUAAGCUCUUUUCCCUUCCGGCCUUCUGUUCUUCUCCACAUUUGAUUAAUUAAGAAAAGUCAAUCAAACCCUAAAAAUUUCCAUUAUUGAUUCUCCAUUAUUUUCCGUCACUUCUUCUCCGAGAAAAGUCGAUCGAAUUAUACGAUGAGGCCGCAGAGGAGGCCAAUCCACGUCGUAACGACAUGGGUGCGGCGACAACCACCAAAGGUCAAGGCUUUUUUGGCAGUGGUGGCAGGGAUGGCGGCUCUUGUGCUACUUCGAUUCAUCGUACAUGACCAUGACAAUCUCUUCGUGGCUGCUGAGGCUGUCCACUCCAUCGGUAUCUCUGUUCUUAUAUAUAAGCUUAUGAAGGAGAAAACUUGUGCAGGGCUAUCACUUAAGUCCCAGGAAUUGACAGCUAUGUUUUUAGCUGUCAGGCUGUAUUGUAGCUUUGUGAUGGAAUAUGAUAUACAUACCCUACUUGAUUUAGCUACAUUGGCUACAACUCUGUGGGUUAUUUAUAUGAUCCGUUUUAAAUUGAAGUCUAGUUACAUGGAAGAUAAAGAUAACUUUGCGAUAUAUUAUGUGGUGGUGCCCUGUGCUAUUCUAGCCUUGUUUAUUCAUCCAUCAACAUCUCAUAACUUAAUCAACAGGAUUUUGUGGGCGUUUUGUGUAUAUCUGGAAGCUGUCUCUGUACUACCUCAGUUGCGAGUUAUGCAGAAUACAAAGAUUGUUGAACCAUUUACAGCGCAUUAUGUAUUUGCAUUGGGUGUUGCAAGGUUCUUGAGCUGUGCCCAUUGGGUUCUCCAGGUUUUAGAUACUCGCGGACACUUGCUGGUGGCCUUGGGAUAUGGAUUAUGGCCAUCUAUGGUUCUCAUCUCAGAAAUUGUCCAGACUUUCAUCUUAGCAGACUUCUGUUAUUAUUAUGUUAAAAGUGUUUUUGGAGGACAGCUUGUUCUCCGUCUUCCCUCAGGAGUGGUGUGACUGAAGAUUCUCUUUUGCUAUGGUCCUUAGGCAACGUUGUUGCAAAAGAUUAAUGUUUCCAAGCUAUGUUGCAAUUUUUUUUUCCCCUGUACGGGGUUCUCCUUUUAACUUAUCACUGGAAGUGGAUUGGUUGUAAAUUUGGGAUGCAAAAAUUCAGAUCUACAUUUAUAUUUGAGAAACAUAAUUUUCAUAGUUGGAUUAACUUAUUUUGUCAAUUUUGAUCCUAUACUAAAGUCUAUGGACCAGUUCUCUGCCUUGCUUA